AUGCCUACUCGUUCGAUAAACCCUUUCGCCGCCGCCGCCUCUCCCACCACCGCUCCAUCCCUCGACGAGAAGGGCUCCGUCCGCAAGGCGAACAACAAGUUUACUUCCUUCUUCUCCGCCUCGCCCAAGUCAAAGCAAAGCAGCGACGCCCUCAGGGAAGCCAUCGUUGCCCAGCAGCGCGCCCUCCUCGACAACCCGUCGCCCUCGUUGUCUCUGCCGACCAUCUGCCUGAGCACGGCGACGGGCGAAAAAUACAGCAAGAUGGAGGAGCCCACCACGACCCUUUUCCAGCCUCCCUCGCCCGAGGAGGCGCGUCGCAUUGCCAAGCAGCACGCCGAGUUUGGCCCGCUGGGCUCCAAGGCCCACCUCUACUCGAGCAGGUACACCGGUGGCGAGUUCCCGGAGCCCAUCGAGGACGAGCCGCCCUACUUCUUCCUCCUCACCACUUACAUCAGCUAUCUCAUCCUCAUCAUCUUCGGCCACGUUCGCGAUUUCUUCGGCAAGCGAUUCCGCCAGAACAACUACAAGCAUCUCCGCGCCCAGGAUGGCUACGCGCCUCUGAACAGCGACUUUGACAACUUCUACAUCAGGAGACUCAAGAUGCGCAUCAACGACUGCUUCGCGAGGCCCAUCAUCGGCGUGCCCGGCCGCUACAUCAAUCUGCUCGACCGCAAGUCGGAUGACUACAACCUCAGCUUCAAGCUGACGGGCACCACGACCGAAACGCUGAACAUGAGCUCGUACAAUUACCUUGGUUUUGCCCAAUCCGAGGGCCCCUGCGCAGAUGCGGUGGAGGAGGGCAUCAAGAAGUGGAGCGUGAGCCUUUGCAGCAGCCGUGGUGAUGUCGGAACCAGCAACCUCCACAUUGAGGUCGAGGAUCUGAUUGCCAAGUUCGUCGGAAAGCCCGCUUCCAUGGUCUUCUCCAUGGGUUUCGUCACAAAUGCGACCACGUUCCCGGCUUUGGUUGGCAAGGGCUGCCUGGUUAUUUCCGACGAGCUCAACCACUCCUCGAUCCGUUUCGGCGCGAGAUUGUCUGGUGCCAUGAUCGAGAUGUUCAAGCACAAUGACAUGAGGCACCUCGAACGCGUUCUUCGCGCGGCCAUUUCCAAUGGCCAGCCCCGCACGCACCGCCCUUGGAAGAAGAUCCUGAUUGCCGUCGAGGGCCUGUACUCGAUGGAGGGAACCAUCUGCAACUUGCCCGCUCUUCUCGAGCUCAAGAGGAAAUACAAGUUCCACCUGUUCAUCGACGAGGCCCACUCCGUUGGUGCCCUCGGCCCCCAGGGUCGCGGUGUCUGCGAUUACUUCGGCGUGGAUCCCGCCGAGGUCGAUAUCCUCAUGGGAACUCUGACCAAGUCCUUCGGUGCAAACGGUGGCUACAUUGCGGCUGAUAAGCACAUUAUUGACAAGCUCCGCGUAACAAACGCCUGCAACAUUUUUGGCGAGACUCCGGCUCCUCCCGUCCUCAUUCAAAUCGCUAGUGCCCUGAAACUCAUCAUUGGCGAGAUUAACCCUGGCCAAGGCGAGGAACGCCUUCAGCGUCUCGCCUUCAACUCCAGAUAUCUUCGUCUGGGUCUCAAGCGUCUUGGCUUCAUUGUCUAUGGUCACGAUGACUCGCCCAUUGUGCCCGUCAUGCUUUACAACCCUGCCAAGAUGCCUGCCUUCUCCCAUGAGAUGUUGAAGCGCAAGAUCUCCGUCGUCGUCGUCGGUUACCCCGCUACGCCGCUCGUCUCUUCCCGUGCCAGGUUCUGCCUUUCCGCCGCUCAUACCAAGGACGAUCUCGACCGCAUGCUCGCGGCCUGUGACCAGAUCGGCGACAUCCUCCAACUCAAGUUCUCCAGCGGCGUUGCGGGCGGUGCCGCACCUCUCCCCGAUGGCCUCACCAACGAGAUGGAGCAGGAGUACAGGCGCCAGAUGGAGCGUGGCGGCAAGGUGCCCCCGACGAUACCGCCUAGGUGGCGUCUGGAAGACGUCAUCAAGCGCGGCGUACAAGACGUCAAGGCCCCUCUCCGCUAA